GCCCGGUCCGACUAGACCGGGAUAUAAGGGCUUUAAAUGACCAUGUCUCUCCGUCGACUCUUUAGAUCCACAGCGCUGUUAUUGCACACUCUACAUAGCACCCCACAACAUCCACCAUGUUUGUCACUGUCACUACAUCUCACCAGGCGAUCUACCCCGCUGCGGCGAUCGUGUCGACAUGCUGGCUGACAUUCUAUCAGACUUUCAAGACGGUCAAGGCGAGGAAACGGGCUGGAAUAGAGUAUCCCCAAAUGUACGCCGACAAGGCGGAAGCGGCCGCGUCGAAGGACGCGAUGAUCUUCAACUGCACCCAACGUGCUGCACAGAAUACGCUUGAGUACUUACCGGCCGUGAUCGCCUGUCCUACCACACUGAUUGGGUAUUCCAAAGCACCACCAUCACCAAUGUGUGGUACCUGGUCCCUCUCCCGUGUCAUCUACACUAUUGGCUACAGCACCGGCGAUCCUGCAAAGCGAAACGUGUACGGCGUCACCGCGAUCCAAAAUUCGUUGUGGCUGGGUCUCAUCUGUAAUUCGAGCGUCGCCAUCGCACACCUCGCGCUCGACAAUGUGUUUGCAUGAUCUAGUUGAGCUGUGUUGGACUGACUGCACCAUCUUACAAGACAACG